AUGGAAGAGGGCGUGAGAUCAGGGGGUGUGUUGAAGAAAAAGAGCUCGUCUGGUUGUUUGAUUAUCAAAAAGAAAGGGGAUGGGAUGGGUGGGGUUGGUCCAUCGGGUUCAUGUAAAGAUAAGAAGAGGUCUAGAUUAAUUCUUAGCGAUUUGGGGUCGAGUGAUGAGUUACUAGAGCUAAUUCGGAGGAAAGUAACAGGCAAGUGUCGUAAUGGCUCAGUUGAUUUUAGAAAGAAUGUUGUAGACAAUCGAAAAUUUGUUAGGAAUGACGAAUUUGGAAGUGAAGAGAGAAAUGGAAGUAGGUUAGAUUUGUUUGAAUUCAAUGAAUAUGAUGAAUUCGAUGGAAAGAGGAUCAUUUCAUCUUUGAGGAGAUAGAAGUUUCGGGAAGCGUCCGAUAAGCCUAUCAAGUUUGCAGGGGAAAAAUGGUGUGUUGAAAGUAAUGGUCAAUAAAAAGAAGAUGGGUUAGUUUCAUAGUAGUUACGAUCAUCAGGAAGUUAAGGAUAGAAAGGGUUCUGAGUCCGAGGAUGCUUUUAGAAAGAACAUAGUGGUGCGACCCUCAUCUUAUUUUGACUCAAAACAGGUUUUCGGUUUUCAUUUUUUAUAAAUUGAAAACUAAAGACCAUUUUAGUUUUUAUUAUUUUUAAAAAUUAAAAAU